AUGACAUCCAACAUCCUCCCAAUCCAAGUCUGGGGCAAAGGCGGUCCCAAUCCUCCCAAGGUCGCUUUCCUCCUCGAGGAACUAAACCUCCCGCAUGAAUUCCAACCCAUCACCCUGGCCGAGGUCAAAACCCCAGCGUACCUGGCCGUCAACCCCAACGGCCGCCUCCCAGCAAUCUAUGACCCAAACUCCGGCCUCACCCUCUGGGAAUCUGGCGCUAUCGUCGAAUACCUCGUCGAGCGAUACGACACGUCCCGCAAAAUCAGCUUCGAGCCCGGCUCUAACGAAGCUCAGCUCGCCCGGCAAUGGCUGUUCUUCCAGGCCUCCGGCCAAGGUCCGUACUUCGGGCAGGCGGUGUGGUUCAAGAAGUUCCAUUCUGAGCCCGUGCCCAGCGCUGUCGAGCGCUAUGUGAAGGAGAUCAACCGGGUUACGGGCGUCGUGAAUGAUUUCUUGGGUAAGCAGGAGAAGGGCGAGGGCGGACCGUGGUUGGUUGGGGGACGGGUUUCGUAUGCGGAUCUGGCGUGGGUGAGUUGGCAGCUUAUGGUGACGAAGUUUAUCCAGGUGGAAGAUGGAUAUGAUGUGAAUAACUUCCCUUUUGUGAAAGAUUGGUUGGAUCGUAUGCGGGCUCGGGAGUCGGUUAGCAAGGUUAUCAAGGAAGUUCUGUAG